GGAUAUUGCGCAUAAUUUACAUUCAUUUUUAUACCAGAUGCUUUUUGUAAGCAGUGAUGGCUGCAGAUUCUCACCGCUGCCUUCCGUUCGCUGUAUUUCCUGCAAUUGCCGUGUUCCUUUACCUGCCUCAUUUGACAAUAGGUAAGCCAGAUGAUUUGUUUCUCUCUUUCGAUUUGAUUCGCUUACUUGUUCCAGCUGACUGUUCAAAAUAAUAGAUUAUAUUCUAUUAAUAUUAUAUGGAACAGUCAACGGCGAACUCAAAUUCAUUCAAAAUCGCUCAAAAAACCGCUUUUGAGGCAAAAGGACGACUAUACACCACGGGCAAGGUAAUUCAACGUUUAUUUAUCAUUGAUUUAUACACAUAGUUAGCGAUAUAUCGCUAUAGGUGAAGCAAACGGUAAAUCCAGUACAUUUACUAUAAAAUAACAAUCGGCUACACGCCCUGUGGUCCAUUAAGGUGUUGCCGAUAGCUCACUUCAAGCAUCUAGCUGUACCGUGCCGGCGCGAAGGGUUUAUUGAAACCUAGGGAGUUAUCAUAAACGCUCCCGAAAUUUCGGCGUAUUGAAUUUUUAGAAAGCAAAUAAUCUUAAUCAAGAAACGAUCUUAACUUAAAAAACCAAACAUCAGAAGACACUCAAGCGUUCUCUGCAAUUGCUGUUUAUACAGUUUAAAGUAAAAAUAUUACUUCGUGAAUAUGUUUUUCACUCCUAAUCUCCACUAGCUUGUAUUAUUUCUUUUACCGUCUUUUCUCUAAUUUGGUGUUUUAGUCAUCUUUGAGCGUUAUCCCAUUUUUUUUUUUUCAAAUAAAAAUUUAUGGAUCAAUGUAUUUUCAUUUCGAUUCAACAACGUUCUAUUUCGUGACUGCCUUUGAACUCCAUCUUUGCCAGUCAUGUUUCCUGUGACGCUUUCUUGGUGACAAUUCUGCCCGUUCUUUCAGACUUACAGUGAUUCUUCAAAUCACGAAAUUUGAAAGCAAAGCGAGUUUUAAUCAAAUACGCAGUUAUUACAUGUUUAUGCACGAACUUUGGUCCAUGCUUUUAUCAUUGGUCGUAUAGAUGACUGCAACAGCCUUCUAAGUUGAUUCACCCUCUGUUCAUCUACUUAAACUGCAACGCUUGCAGAAUGCAGCUGCUCGGCUUAUAUCUAAUGUCCCUAGCUACAGUCACAUAACACCAGUACUAUGUUUGUUACAUUGGCUUCCUGUCAAAUUUCGUAUUGAUUUUAAAAUACUUCUUUUUACUUUUAAAGCUAUCUGCGGUCAUGCGCCUGGUUACUUGAUCGAUUUGAUUGCUAUUAAAGAACAGCUGCACUAUAAUCUCCGUUCAGCUAGCGAUCUUAUCUUAAAGUAUUCCAGUUUAAAACUGAAAAAGACUUUAGAGGAUCGUUCUUUUUCAUCUGCUUCCCCUAAUUUAUGGAACAAUCUGCCCCUUCACAUCCGUCUUGAGGACAAUUCAGCUGACAAUUUUGAACGUUUUAAAUCUUUACUUAAAACUCAUCUUUUUAGACUAGCUUUUGACAUGUAAUGUUUUUAACCUGCUAUGUAAAAUAUUUAGUGUUUUUAUCUUUAUUUAAUUUUUAGCGUUGUUUACUCUUAACCUUAAUUAUUAUGCUCAUUUUAGCUUAUAUUUUCUUUUAAAAUUUACGUGUUGUCACGCGCUGUUGCUCAUAUUUGCAUGGAAAAGGCGCGUUACAAAAUUUUUAAUUAUUAUCAUUGUUAUUUUACGACACAUAUAGGCGGAUUUGAUUGAUGGAUCUUGCCGACCGAUUGAUUUAAUAGUUGAAGGGAGGCCUUCAAUUUUCGGCCUUAAGUUUAAUCCGGGGGGGUACUCCCUUAUAUAGAUAUGUGCCGCCCCAUCUGGUAGGGUUUUUGCGCCGUUUUGGUCUGAAAACGGGUUUGGAAAAUUACGUUAGGGACUUUAAGAUCCAACGACGCGGACGGCAACGAGAACGUCAAAAACAACAGGUAAUUUUAAUAGGCAAAGCAACAACUUUGCUCGUGCAUCACGCUUUUUUGUACAUUUCUUUGCCCGUUUUUGCACGGCUACGACGUGAAAAUGCCUAAUUUCACGUUUUACUGAGGACAUAAACACGCAACGACGAAAUUUUAUUUCUCUUUUUGAACUUGGAUAUGGUCCCUAGGAUUUCAAUUCCAAGAGGGCUCGCCUACAUUUGACAAAGUAAGUGGGUAUGAAUAAUUGCGAUAAAGACUGAAAGAACGCAAAUUCAAUUUUUAAGCGACGUUCUCGUUGUCGUCGCGUCGUUGGAUCUUAAAGUCCCUAUUUUUUUUCUGAAAUAAGGUCAGGGCUUGGAGAACCAGGUGGCACAUCCCCACCAAGAAUUUGCAGCAGUGCCCCCCCCUGGGGUUUAACCAAACCUAAAUCAUUUUUUAUGGCAGGUCUUCAUACACCCUUGAACGUCAGAGCAGAAGCUGUAAAUGGAAGCGACUUUCUCAUUAUUUCCUGGAGUUACCAGUCGGAUGCUAAUUACAGUACCAUCCACAUUAGCCGCUAUAUUAACUUGCCUGGAUUAAAGGGCCACGAUACAACAUCUGUUUCUCCAACAGUUCCGUUUUGCGUCAACCAAAGAUGCAGCUACUGCGUUUUUGAUGCCAAUAACCCCCAGCUCUCCUGUCAUAGUUUUAAUCCAGGAUACAAGACGUCUAUUGGAAUCAGACUGGAAUUCGAAUUGCUCAUCAGUUACAAAGUAGGAGCUUGCCGGACCAAUGAAACGAGUAGCUGCCUUGAAAACGCGUGGCAAAAUUUCACCUUCCCGCCAGGACGUAAGUGACACUGAAACACGAGUUUUUAUUCCAGUGCAGAGGAGCCCUGUUAAUACGACCACCUUCGGGCCAUGGAAAUUUGGUCGUAUUAAUGUGGUGGUCGUGUUAAUGAAGUAGGGUCAUAUUAUGGUACAACACGCUUUAAACAUGUACUGCAUAUGAAUACCUUUUUGCAGGCACUCAACGUUACUAGCGCAAUUUAUUGCAGCUAAAUAGUGUAACCAAAGAAAACCUAGUACAUGUAAUGCGAAACAACAAUGACGUCUUUCACUUCCUUAACAGGAUAUGGCCCCUUGUGAAAUGUCCUGAAGAACCGUUCUCUACGUUGUAGCUUACAACACGUUACACUUUAGCAAGUUCAAAUAGGUUUGAAAACGUCUGUGAGCUUCGUUUGUAGCAGUUUGUAUUGCCCUUUGCCUCUAGAGAAUUCAAAACAUCGGGCAAGCUAGAUGUCGCCUCCAUAUAUGAAACAUGAAAUUUGCCAGAGGUUCAUCGAUUUCAUCCUUACUAACCCUCUUUCGCCAGCAUGAGUCUUAUUAACAGGGUAAUUUUAUGCGAGAAAAUAAGGACUCAGGACUCCGAAAGGUGGCCUUUGGUCGCAAUAACCGGGUGGUCGGACUAACGAGGUUUGAAAUGAAAAAACGUCUGGGCUUUGUUUGGGCCACAAAAAGUGGUUGUUAUAAAGGGGUGGUCUUGGAUGGUCGUAUGGCGGGGUUCCAUUAAUUGUAGCUCCAAUAAAAAUGAAAAACCUUUGUUGAAGGUAGAAGGUCUUGUUUGUCUCUUGUAAAAGCUGUUCAACCCUUGGUAAAUAAUUGUUAUUAAUAUCAGAAAGAACAUAGAAUAUUAUAUGAUAGGGGCUUUCCCAGAUAUUUCCACAAGGUUUUGUUGAGAUCUACAGCUUCACUAACAAUAUUCAUUAGAACAAUACAAUAAUACAAUAGUUAUAUUAUUUUAAAUCUGUGUAUAUGUUACAGGUCAAACUGAAUUGAAUUCAGGUUAAAAUUAUUCAACCUAUUGUAGGUUGAUUCUCUAUGACCUUUGUCUCCCAGCCGUAAUCCAUGAAUAAUUAGGGCUAGGAGACGAAGGAAAUUAAGAAUCAACCCAGGGUAUACUUGGGGCGAAAAAAAAAUUGUUAAUUGCCAACAACUUUUACUUCAUUGGAUAACGCUAAUCAUUCCCUUGUCAAGAUAUAUGCGUUGCUAACCAAGCUUGUGGUCAAGAUGGCUGGAUAUUGGCCAAGGUCUUUUUUGCGUUUGAAUGAACCGAGGCAAAGUUGAGGCCAAUAAAAACACAAAAAAUAAGGAGGCCAAUGACCAGCCACUUUUACCGAACAAGCUUGGUAAAUGAGGAUUUAUUAUAUGGCCAAAAAGAGAAUUUUUUUCUUGCUGGACCAAUGCGUGAAAUUCCGAUCGGACAGGAUGGGCUCACCUUAACCGUUCGUGUAGCCAAUCAGAACACAGGAUUCGCUUCUUCUCGCCCCUUCGCAGAUCAGCUACGAAUAACCCUUCACUGGAAACUGUUUAACUUAAAACUCAAAAAAUCUUUAAAACGUCAAAAAUUCCAAUUCAUGUCUAAAUCUUAUUCUUGUCUUAUUUAGCGCCUACUGCGGUUAAAGCCCGGCCUUUUUCAUCAACGUCUGUUGAAGUCACUUGGAGUGCACCCAGCCAGACUAAAGGGACAAUUGAGGCCUAUACUGUGUACUAUAAAGCCGGUGAUGUAAGUAGACAGACUGUAAAGAGAAAUCAUGCACAGACUAACAGUAGGCUUUAAAGGGCAAAAACCUCUUUUGCACUAAAGUAAGGAUUUAGAAAUCAAUAAUGAGAAAAUUUUAAGUGUGGGCGAUGCCUUUCUUAAAAGCACCUUACUGUAGGGGAGGGAAAGUUGUGAAGGGUCUGCCUUUAAGUUGCAAGCAUUUCGAUCUUUGUCUCAAGGCCUGAAUGUAACUUUGAUCGAUCUCAGUUUUUUAGGAGUUAAAUUACGUUUGUUCUGCCUCAGCCGUUGAAUUAUUAUGUCCCCCGUCCCAGCGAUUUACUAUUUUUCGGAGUCAUGUUACAAUUUUAUAUCGAAUGGGAACACUUGUAAAUUGAUGGUUUGCACGUGACGUCGAUCACGGCGGUCAUGUUGGUGGUCAAGAACAAAACCAUUGCUCUCUUUUGGGAACUGAACUCUCUUUUCAUGUAAAUUCUUCCAGUAAAAUUCUAUUGUAUUGACCCCAACAUGGCCUCCUUGUCACGUGGUUGCAAACUAAGAAUAUAACCGACAGGUUGCCUCACGCAAGUUGGAGUUUUAAAGUGCUGUUGUGUUUGAUUCAUUUGUUUCCAAUCAUUUGAGUGUAGUUUCUGUAGAUAGGCUGGAAAGCGCUUUAAACAAAAAACUUUGCAAUACGUGCAGUGCAAUGCGUGAAGAUGCGUUGUAUAGCCACUGCAAUGCCGAAGAUGCACAGUCCGUGUUGCAUACUUAAUGAGCGGUUGUUGUUUUUUGUCAGAGUCAAGAGCAAUACAAGAGAUUUCCAACUGACCUUCACAAGGAGAAAAGGGGAAUACUCACCAGUUUACAGCCCAAUACAAAUUACACGAUCUGGGUGGUUGCCUCAGCUGGAAAUAAGCCCGGAGAAAUGUCUAAUACAACAACCGUCACCACCUGUACGUUAUGUUAAAGCAUGUAGCGCUUAGCCUGCGCCACAUACGAAACUAAACUCUGGUGAAGUCCGUCUGCGAAACAUCGCAGAAAUCCUUGUUCUAGGCCUCCACCUGUGUACCAGGAUUUGAGUACGUGCCAUGACAGACCUGUCACCAUUUUCACAUAGACCAUAAUGCACCUUGUUUAUCCCCCAAAAUUUACCUAACCAUUGUCUUAGAUUUCUCUUGGGACGACCGUAAUACCUAGGAGAAAUUGGAAACAAUGGUUAUGCUAAAUUUUGGUGGGUAAACAAGGUGCAUAAUGGUCUACGUGAAAAUGGUCAAUUGUCAGUUUGCCAAUCAGGUUGAAAGGGAAUUCGAAAUGCACAUCCCGUAAUUCGCUUAGUCGUUAGGGGGCCCAGAAUAAGGAUUUCGGCACUACUUCGCAGACGUUACUUACCGAGGUUAAAUUACGUCUGCGACGCAGGCUAGUAAUUCUUUGCCUUACGCCUUUUCAACUGAACAUACCUCUUGACAUCCUCCAGGACGUAGGGACGGAGUAACGAGUGAAGUGGUUGACCUAAGACUUUUCCUCGCGACUUAUUACUCUGCACAGGAUUAAAUUCCUGCACACAGGGACCCGGUGCCUACCUUGUACUCCGGCACCUGGCACCGUGCCCGACUGCCUCCACCUCAGGCGCUUCUUUUUUCGCACAGAGACGAGCGCAAGAGGCGAGUGUUACGCAAAUGACUGGUGACGAAGCGCAAGAGACCAUGGGAAGGAGAAAGAAGGCAUUCUCGCACGUUUUCUCCUUCCCGCCUUCCUUUGCGCGCAAAAAUUUCAUCAAAAGAGUACUAGUUCUGGUUGCGAGGCAGGAAUUCUUGGGUAGGUACUUACAGUAAUGUCCAACGAGUUAAUUCCGUACUUAUGCACCCUGAGUGUGAACGCUAUGCCAGAUUCGAGCAGUGAUUUUGAACGAUAGUCGACACUAUCAUUGCCAUGUUGCUCAAGUACGCCAUAAUAAAUUAAUGACGGUGCACAAUACCUCCGUCUGCUUUAACGGAUUUAUGCAUUUAUCUUAGAUGAGCACGAGUGUGUUUCAAGUCCCUGUCAUCAUAAUAGUCAGUGCAAACUAGUCGGUGACUCUUUUGAGUGUGUUUGUCCAGAGGGAUGGGAAGGAAAGGACUGUAAAAGUAAGUGAUGAUGAUGAUAAUGUUAAUAUAUAGAUUUGGCCAGGGCUAAAAGCGAAGCUCUGGUUAAUAAUACGUGUAAACAAUAAAAAUUAAAUCGUGUAAUGCUAAACGGAGACGACAAUGAAAAUGGCUUCAAGACUAAUAGAUCUGAUUAGAAAAAAAACAAAUUGCACGUGCAGCACACUUUUUCUUCUAAUUAGCAAAAAACAAAUUUGCGAAGCGCCGCUCGUGGACCUCCGCUAUAAUGUUAUUAUUUGUUAUCUGAGAAAUUUCGAUUUUAUUAGCCUAUAGCAGUUGUAUUUCAGCCAGGCGCCUAUAUUUCAGCUCAAUUUCUAAAGCUACUGACACAGUAGUUAUCAAAAUAGGUGAUUAUGAAAUUAAUAGAGUUUAUGAUUUUAAGUAUUUAGGCAUCGUUCUUGACGAUAGUCUUACGUGGAAAGACCAUGUUCGUUAUGUUAUUUCUAAGGUUGGUAAAAGAGUUGGUGUCUUAGGGCGCCUUAGAAGGAAUAUCACUAUACAUGCAGCUUUUGAGAUGUAUAAUUCAUUAAUUUUGCCCAUUUUUGAUUAUUGCGAUGUUGUUUGGUCCAGCUGCAAUAAAGCAGAUAUGGAAAGUCUUGAAUCUUUGCAAAGGCGGGCCUCGAAAAUUAUAGUUAAAUCUAAAUGUGGUACAACAUCCACCGACUAUCUUAAAUUUCAGAGUUUAGAAGAUCGCCGUAACGCUCAUGUCUAGGUUUAGUGAAGAGGUGUUUAAAUAAUAAUGUUCCACAGUUUUUAAAGAAUUAUUUUAAGUUGAAUAAGGAAGUUAUUUCAAGAGAAACAAGAAGGAGCAAUUUUAUAUACUUACCUGCAGUAAGAACUGAGACCGCCAAGAAAAGUUUUUAUUAUAAUGCUCAGUUGUGUAUAAUAAUUAUUUAGUAAAUAAGAAUUAGUUUUAAUUGUUAUACUGUACUAUUAUUAACUUAUAGUUACUUAGUUUCUUAUUAUUUAUUUUGAUUUUUUUAUUAGUUUUUAAUUUAGUGCUCCUAUUGAUAACAGAUAUACUUUUAAGUAUUCUGAAGGGAUUACCCUAGUUAAAUAAAGGUUUUACUACUAAUUUGGAAUACUGCCACGUCGUGAAGUUAACAGGAAGCUUGUGCAAUGACGACGGCGACAGCGGUUAAAACAUUACCAAAAAUGUGAACAAUUGUAUCUUUGAAACUUCAUCGUGAUUCUUCCAACUCGUCCACUUGGCCCGCGAAGACUCCUGGAGUUGAAUUCCGUAUCCACGUCCAGAGAUAGUACAAUUUUACAUCGUAGUCAUGUAGAAACGGCAAAGCAAUGAGCAAAAAGUGUGGUUCACGGGCCGAGUUGCUGUUUUGCUAGAUCCACUUCCUUUAGUAGUAUCUGCGCGCGACGUAAGUGUUGGUAUUGUUGUAUUAUUUUUUAGAGCCGAAGAAAUACUCAGUCUACCCUAACAGCUGUCUGAAUUUUGAUGGAUAUAUCUCCUUUGAGAGCAACCUUACUUUGUUUUCCUGUUUUGAGAAGUGCAACAAGGAUUCCAGGUAAUUUUUUGAUACUUAUUUUUCCGCAUUAAAAAUUUUUUGUUAUCCAAAUGCCUAAUAAAUCAAACAGGUCAUGAUAACUUAAGAAUGAAUUAUUUUAAUAUUACAACAACUUCCUUGCUUUGCUGCUAGGCUAUUUUUGCUGGUUUUUCCAUCAGCGAAAUUGACGUGGUCAAAACUGGCUGGAACAGUUUGUGUAGAGGCAACUUAACAAAUUCUUGGACUAAACAAUGCGCGCCUUUUCUCUCCUGAAACUAUUAUUACUUUUAUUUCUUUUUUCUUUGACCUUAGUAGCUUGAGAACGCAGACGUAUUUCCGGUUGUCGCUUCGCUCCCUCCGAAAAAUAACGCCUGCGAACCCGACCGGCAAAUCGAUUUCCGUGAACGUUAUUUUUCGGAGGGAGAGAAGCGACGACCGGAAAUACGUCUGCGGUUCGCAGGCUAUGACCUUUUUUCCAUCUGGAAAAAGCAUGCAAACAAACAAACAAACAAACAAACAAGAACAACAAACAAAACAAAACUUUUGUCUUGAAGCUUUCAAGGGCUUAUUCCGACCGCAAAAAUCAUGAAAGAAAUUCAGUUUUUUGUCAAAUAGUUGAUAUAUUGAGAUAGCCAACUUCUGGUUGACCAUUUAUUGUGUUACCCAAUACAGAUUUCCUUGGUAUCCAGCAAUCUCAGCAAUCUUAAUAAGGUAAAUUGCGUUCCUAAGGUUUUUUCUGAGAUUUUCUACUCUUUGUUUUAGUUGCAAGUCGUUUGACUAUGGCCGAGGAUACAACAAGCAUGGCUCAUUCCAAAGUGACCUGUACACGAAGGAUAUCGGCCAGUGCAAACGUUGGAGUGUCGGCAAAUCUAAGUACGGGAUAAAAUCGUGUCCUUUCGACUACUUUGAGAAGGAAGAAACGUCGAGGGGCACCAUGACCGUGACGGUCGCACAAUUUAUCAUUUUACUAAGCCUGUCAGGGGUGAUGUCUGUGAUGUUUUAACAUUCGCAGGGAAACACCAUCAUGUUUCUGCCCUGCCAGGAGGAUUUUGGAUUUUAUCUUGUUGUUCACGGUAUCUUAAGAAACGUUUACACACCGGGUGAUUUUAUCGCGUGACAAGAGCACCCUUGUGACAUUGAACCUGUAUAUGACAUCCCUGUAUAAGGUGGCAACAAGACGUUUAAGUUCUGAUUUUCCACCAAUACAAACAUGUAUUUGUAAUCGUUUAUCAGUCCCAUGCACCAUAAAGAGAUUAAAAGCUUAACGACUUGUGGAUUUAGGCUUUGCUACAAAAUCCGGAUUUUUUUCAGGAUUUUUAGAGAUUUUGGUGAAUAUUUUCAAGAUUUAACGGUUCUUGGUCACAAGACCAAGCCUGAAACUAGAAAACAUUUCCUCACAAGCGAUCCAAAGCAUUAAGGUAGUGCUGAGCGCGCGAUUAUUAGAGAGAUUAAGAUUCACGUUUACGGCAAAAGGCAAACGGCAGAUUUAAGUUGAGAAUUUCUCAGAUUAGAAAAUAAGCAGAUGAAACUGUCCAGAACAAUUCUUACGGAUAAAACUGGCGUGAAACUACUUAUUUUUCAGUAGAAGCAAUAAACAAUACACGGAAAUUAAGCGGGAAACUUGGUCAUGUGGUACAAAUUCACGUUUGCCGUUUGCCGUAAACGUGAAUCUUAAUCUCCCUAUUAAUUCAGCAUUUCUUACAUCUCUGUAAGUUCCAAAUGGAUGCUCUAAAUUACUCACCAUAGUUCGCCCAGUCCUUUAAAUACGGGAUUAUUUUUUGAAGAUUUUUAGGAGUGUUUAUGUAGUUUUGGAGGUGAAACCGUUGACUUUUAGAAACAUUUCGGAGACAUUCCUGAAAGAUUUUUGGCCAUUUUUAGCGAUUUUCUUAGAUAAGCCGCCUAUUCAGCGGAAAAAUCACCCCCUUGUCUUGUGAAAGAGGGCAAACAGACGAUACCUUCCUGUUCAUCUGUUUUGUUUUCGUUUCCGCUUAUUUUUUUGUUUAUCUGCUAAGGUCGAGGUUUGAUAAGUACCUUAGCCUAGACGAGCCACAAGCUUUGCGCAAACCUAGAAUAUGUAGAGAAUCUUAGCUUGGUAUCGAUCUUCUGCAAUCAUAACAACUGUCAACAAUCUUUAAACAACAACUUAUAUAAUAAUUAACUUUAUCUUCCACUUGAAUUUCAAAUUGAAAAAUAUGUUUUAGAUGAUUGAACAAUAUAGUAACUAGUCACAUUCUAGUAAAAAAGAAAAAACGCUUGUCACCACUUAGGGUUCAUAGAGUUGAAGAUAUCUUUAACACGGAAGGUCACUGGAGACAGACGUUUUCGUACCUAAUUGUUGACUUCGGUUACCUCGUUUUUCAUUAUCUGAUACAUUUCGUAUCGUCAAACUUCUGCCCUGCACACCUAAGCCGGUUUAUAGUCACGUUAUUUUAAACAAUUGAAAAAAUGAUUAUCACAGCUGUACCUUCUCUCACGAAAACAAGCUCUAGUUCCGCAUCCUAAUGUUGGUAUACACAUCCGCUUCAUCCACUGAAUAUGUUUAUCUUAUAGAAACUUUCAUCAUUUCCCGAGAAUUGUUAAAUUACUGCGGCC